GCGCCGGCGCUGCGCAUGGCCGCGCCGCUCGCGCCUGUGCUGCCGCUCCAGGCACCCAGCCGGGCAUGCCCCACCUCCCGGACCACCCCGCGCCACCAUCUCCAGCCGUCGGUGUCCUUCACCCCCGCGGCCGUCCCAGGAGGCGUGAGCGGGCCCGUGCUCCGCACCUGCAAGAAUUGCAAGAAGCAGUACGACCCGGCGGCAAAUCACCCAUCAUCCUGCCGCCACCACACGGCCCACUUUGGAGGAGAAACAAAGAGAAAAUUUGAAAGCGUCCAUGUCGGUGGGACCAUGGAUACUCCGGGUGCAGGCAAAGUGCUCCAGUACUGGCAUUGUUGUGGGUCAGAAAAUCCAUUUGAUGUUGGUUGUACUGCUGCUCCUCACUCUUCAUACGAUGAUUGAAUACCUGGCUCUUAUCUGCCCACUGGGCUCUUGCCAUUCAGCUAUUGUUUUACAUGAAUAGCUUUCUACAUAUUGCUUAUUUUGCAUUUAUGUCUGAAAAUGGCAGGAGCGGCCAACAUGAUUUCCUUUCUAGCUUCUUAUAUUAUGUGUAUUUGGAUGUUCCAUGAAUGAGUUUUUCUACUUUUCUGAAAAGCUAACAUACUGUUUAUUACCUGA